AUGUCGCUGCACUCCACCACCCGCCAUAUUGCACACAGCGGGUGGAAGGCGGUGAAACGCAACGAAGAUGGUGGACGGAGAAAUGAUGCGCCGUGGACCUAUGAUGAAAAAGGAAGUGCAGUGACCAUGGAGGACGGCCACCACUGCGCUCGAUGGCAGCGGACUGUGGGGUACAGCGACGCGCAGCAGGUACUCCAGACGUUUUCACGACUUGACGAGCGCAAACGCUUUAUUUUCUCCGCAUAG